AUAAAUUAGCUUCCCAUUCGUUUAAUACAUUGGAGAGAGAGAUGAAUAGUUCAACCCAAAAAGGGGAAAUGCCAUUUCCAAGAAGCUGCAUUCAUGCUGAAGGAAAUGGUCAUGUAGUUCCUUAUUCAGAAUCCCAACCCUCAAAAUCAAAUAGUGCAAGCCCUCCAUGUCCAAGUCCAACUUUGGAGGAUCACAGACCCCACAAGAAAGUGGUAAGGUACAAGGAAUGCCUCAAGAACCAUGCAGCAACAAUUGGAGGGAAUGCAACUGAUGGGUGUGGUGAGUUUAUGCCGAGUACUGGAGAUGAAGGCACCAUUGAAGCCCUCAAGUGUUCAGCCUGCAACUGCCACAGAAACUUCCAUAGGAAAGAGAUAGAAUCUCACUGUUCCUCUCAAUGUUACCACACCCCUUUGAUACUCAACAAUGCAAUUCUGGGGUCACCAAUAGGGUACCCUGCAAACUCCUUGAUAGUGUCCUACAAAAGUGGAUCAGUCCCCUCAGAGUCUGAUGAGAAGGAUGAUGAUGAUGAUGAUGAUGGAUGUGGUGUUGUGGCAAGACCAGCUGAAAAGGUGAGAAAGAGGUUUAGGACCAAGUUCACAAAAGAACAGAAGGAAAAGAUGUUGAGCUUUGCAGAGAAGGCUGGGUGGAAGAUGCAGAAGCUAGAAGAAUCUACUGUGCAGCAGUUCUGCCAAGAGACUGGGAUCAAGAGGAGAGUCCUCAAGGUGUGGAUGCACAACAACAAACACAAAUUUGCACUAAAUAGCUAGAUGAAUCUAUUGUGCAACAAAACUAUUUUCACAUUUUAUUUAUUUCUUUUUCUCAUU